AUGCAGGAUACAGCGGGUAUGCGACCAUCUGGCAUCGACGCUGUAAGUGUAACAGCGUCCGUCCAUGCCUCCGUGUCAAAAAGGAGGGGCCCCAUAAUAAUCCUCAUCCCAUCCUCAUCUUUACGGGACGCCAUUUCACAGGCCCUUCGGAUUAUCUCCGUACAAGACAUGAUCGAGAGCAUUAUUAUCGAGGAUAGCAAUGCAUACAGAUCAACGGACAUCCGGACACCACCGAUCAAACCACAGCCGUCUAGGAUACCUCUUCAGGUAGUAUGCGGUGCUUACCCUGUAUCUCGCCAUAUUAGAAUCAUCCCGCAAAUUCUGCCAUCUCUGCAAGCGAAUACGGUCCAUGCACCUUGA